ACCACAUUUUAAGUCUAAAUUUGGUAUCAAGGAAUUGAUCUCAUUUCUGAAAUUAUCCUUUCUGUCAUAACAAAACUAAAGAUGGUAACGUGUGAAGUACCGUAAUUCAUGAAAAUAAUCCGUGUGUUAAUGUCAAUGUAUAAUGACGACCAAGAAGCAAGAGAGGUUUAUAUACUCAUGGCUAAUUCUUAUUCUUUGUCUACAGAAAUAUGUGGAGGCAAAGCCUGCUGGUAUUCCUAUUCCCCCUGGUGUAGGAAAGCUGAAAUCAGCGGUAGCCUGUGAAAACCAAAAGGCAUUCAUUGUGUGUCCAAAUAUCUUCAACGGCAUAGAUGUAGUGUCCGCCAUGUUUGGAAGACAGAACUCCUUAGAAUGCCUCCCCCCUGGUGACAGUCCUGCCUCGUUUUGCACUGAUCAAGAAGACCAAGUAAAGCAACAAGUCAAAGAUCUGUGUCAGGGGGAGGACAAAUGUGAAAUAUCGGCAUCCAAUGAUUUCCUGGCUAUGGAAGGUACUCAGGUUUGUCCCCAAGUGUCCAAGUACCUUGAGGUCAAGUAUCGCUGUGUACCUAAGGAYAAAAUACCCAAUGACGACGACGAGUACCCAAACGUUGCCAUGGAGACGUUAGGAGGACAAGACGUGAAGUCGUCUAUAGCAACGGAGGUGAUAUCGUCAUCAUCACCUGCCUCUGAGGUCCAGGUUCUUUUGGGUAACUCGCCGCCAAAAGGAGAUGACGGUGGGGUAAUUGAACUCGCAAACCAACCAAACUCUUCUGAAAACUCUCAGGAAGUGACAGAACCUUUGAAAGGUGCCGGUACGACGGAUUCCAAUUCCGAUCCAAACGAAGUCCACGAGACAAUUGCAAAAUCCAUCAUUUUAGAAUCAGUCAAAGACGAACAGCAGGAAAAAGAUGGUGGAAAUAGCGACAACAAGCAAAAUGACUCCGUUUUAGACGACGCUGAAAACCAAAGCCGAAAUGAUGACAAAUAUUGGCGUUAGCCAAUCAACUCUUACAGGAAAUGAUGACAAGCCAUUUGAAAYUUACCAAGAAUGAUGACAAUAAAAAGUAACAUGAAAUGACUAUAAACCUAUCAAAUUUUAGGGGGAAUGACGAUAAACUCAUAAAAUAUUUCAAGAAACGAUGAUUAUCCAAUCGAAACUUAGAGGAAAUGACGUCGAGACAACAAAGCCAAUCAAAUAUUUGACUGAAAUGACAACAAGAGAACUAGAUAUCAGAGAAAAUGACCACARACCAAUCAACUGAAUCUUUUGGGAAGAAUUGUCAUCGAAAGAACAAUAUCUAGACUGAGGAAAUGGCUAAAACCAACAAAUCCAUGAAUUCCUAGAGCACAAAUAUCAACACACAAAAAAUCAGUGAAUGAACUUGUAACUCGUAUCGCUGUAUGACGAAAAAAUAUCACGUAACAAACAAGUAAUAACGAUAAAAACAUAAAGUGUAAUGCAUGGAAACUAAGAGAAAAUAUAUCAAUAUUGUUCAUAGCAUGUAAAUAGAGAUUAGAACGAACCAAUUCAGUACAAAAAUUGGGAAUAAAUGAUAAUCUCUCGA